GUGGUUCUCUGGAAUGGACAGGUGGUGUAUACUACAGGUGGGCACUACUGUGUGUAUACUACACAGCUGGGAAUGCUGGAGUGUGGCUGUGUACGCUGUCUAGUAGUGGCACACUGCAGUCACUCGGCCAUACUAGGCCAUACAGCCUACUGAUUGCCACUGAUAGUAAAGCAAAUGACAAGCUUGUGGGCUGUUCCAGUUCAAAGUUGUUUUGAUCAUUUAUCGAUAGAACUACAUUAUAGAUUGAUGUGAUGUAUUGAGAAUUUGUAAACAUAUGAGACAGGUAGGUUUAUGUAGCCGUCUACCUGUGGCAUACGAUGUGAUACAAUGGUUGGGCUGGUACAGUGAUGGGGACUCUCUCUACAUGUCUAAUCAACAAAACAACCUGGACUUCUUAUGGAGGUGAAAAUUUAAUUACGAUAAUUGAAUGUGCUGGUGAGAUGUUAAAAAUGAGUUUGGAGAGUGAAUUAAUAUUUAAACAGUCUACAGAUAAUUACGUCAAAGUGGACUGAUGCUUGGCUGAAGCUAAAGGGCAGCAAAGGAGCAUCCCAUAUGGAUGACAGCAAGCAACCUGUAGACUGCCACUCCUCCUUCAGUCAGUCGUUACCACUCCCUCCAGGGGUGACACGAAUGGCUUCAUCAGGAAUAUACUCCGGGGACUGUUUUACUUUUUAACGCCACUACUGAAGUCUUGUCCAUCUAUUCCACAUUUCACUAUGCAUUCCGUUUAUUUUUAAUCACAACGAAGUGUUAUUAACAAAAUGAACAUUUUCAGGAAAAGUAGGUGUAUUUCACCAUCUUUUGAUUUGCCGAGAAUGUGUUUACCUCGUCGAAAACAGACGUCCAUCGAUGACCAUGAUCUUGAUGAGGUUGUUGGUCUUGAGGUCCCCGUGGAGGCGAGGGCACGUUCCUCUAGUUUUGACUGCAGUAGUUUACAUAAAGAGACAACUGAGUUUCUGGAGGUUCCCAAUCCUGGUCGUCGCUGUCAGUCAUUUGAUUCUUCGUCCUCGGGUUGGGGGCAGGAGGAAGAGUUGAUACCUGAGGGCCGUCGUUAUAGUCUAAUUUCUAAGUACUCGAGACGUCGGUCUUCGUUUGAAAUUCCCAAACUAUGCAUUCAUUGUGUACAUAUGGAACAGUAUGAGGAACAACAGCGCAAAGAGGAGGAGGAACGUCACAUCGAAGUUGAAAAUGGGGCCUCCAGUGACGAGGAGCUGAUGUUGGACACUGGGUCGUUAGACUCAGGGGGCGACUCGGACGACAGUUGUGGACCUCAGGACAAAGAGGUGGAGGAGAUUAUGUGUAACUAUACGAAUGCUCUAACUCUUGAGGUACCCAUAAUCAGGACUUGUCGCUCCUCCUCUCUGGAUGCCAACCUCCUAAACUCACAAUCACCUACCAGUGAGGUGAUAUUCAAAAGUGGACGUGGUAUUGUACAAAGACAGGAAUCUUUUGAUGAGGGAAUGCUGGAGGUACCUAAACAGGUGCGCUCAAGUUCUGUGGAUAUUAGUCUUCCUACUGAAAAGGAGGCUCAUUACCGGGCCAUUGCCAUUACUUCAAAUACAACGACUGGCGACAUUGUGUUAUCGGGUGAUGGGCACAGCAAGAAAGCUAUUUCCAAAAAUGCACUGAACCAUGCAACCAAUUAUUUACAUCCUACCCACGCUGAGCAUGGGUACCGUCGCCGGGAGCUUCGGGACACAGUCGACUGGCUGGACCAGGCUAUUAAUAGUGACCACCUGUGGGUAGAAACUAAUGCCUCUGGGGACUACUGCUAUGCCAUGGAGCCCGACUGUAUGAGAAGUGGACCAAGACGAAAGUGUGUUGCUUGUAAAAUCGUGGCACACACUGCCUGUAUAGGCAUUCUAGAAAAGAAAAAUCUCCGAUGCAAACCAACAUUCCGUGAAGCUGGACUGAGGAAUUACAGAGAACAAACUUCGAUGCGUCACCAUUGGGUCCACAGACGUCGCCAGGAGGGCAAGUGUAAACAGUGUGGGAAGUCAUUCCAACAGCGAUUCGCUUUCCAAAGCAAAGAGAUAAUUGCCAUCAGCUGUUCCUGGUGUAAGGCAGCAUAUCACAACAAAGUCUCCUGCUUUAUGAUGCAGCAGAUAGAGGAACAGUGUACCCUGGGGCCCCAUCAGGCCCUCAUUGUACCGCCAUCAUGGAUCAUCAAACUGCCAAAGAAAGGUUCUUUUAAAUCAUCACUACGAAAGAAAAGGCGGUCUUCGGUGAAGAAAAAGAAAAACAAAGAUGACAAUCGCCAUUUCAUCAUAAAACCCAUCCCCUCACCUCUCCUUAAGCCUUUACUAGUGUUUAUCAACCCAAAGAGCGGAGGCAAUCAGGGGGCAAAAAUCAUGCACAAGUUUAACUGGUGGCUCAACCCCCGCCAAGUGUUUGACUUAACCCAGGGAGGACCAAAGCCUGGACUUGACCUGUAUAAAAAAGUGCCUAACCUACGGAUACUGGCGUGUGGAGGAGACGGCACUGUGGGUUGGAUUUUAUCUGUGAUAGACAGCCUGGGGCUGGACCCCCCACCCCCAGUGGCCAUCAUGCCCUUGGGGACAGGCAACGACUUGUCACGUACACUUAACUGGGGUGGGGGUUAUGCCGACGAGCCUAUCACAAAACUCCUGAGUUAUGUGGAAGAGGGACAAAUCGUACAGCUUGACCGAUGGAACGUAGAUAUACGACCGAACCCGGAGGCAGAAACAGAUGGGGAGGAGGGCGUAACUGAUCAUCUCCCUCUCAAAGUCUUCAACAACUAUUUCAGUCUCGGGGCUGAUGCCCACGUAGCCUUGGAGUUUCACGAGUCCCGAGAGGCAAAUCCAGAAAAAUUUAAUAGCCGCUUUUGGAACAAGAUGUUUUAUGCUGGGGCCGGUGGGCGAGACAUGCUCAAAAGAAGUUGGAAAGGAUUAGCGGAUCAUAUACAACUUAUCUGUGAUGGCAAGGAUUUAACCAAUAAAGUCCAAGAAAUGAAACUGCAUUGUUUACUAUUUUUAAACAUUCCAAGAUAUGCCAGUGGAACUACACCUUGGGGAAACCCAAACAGUCUGGGUUUUGAGCCUCAACGCCAUGACGAUGGGUAUCUGGAGGUGAUUGGGUUCACUUACUCCUCACUGGCAACACUGUACAUGGGAGGCCAUGGUGAGCGACUGAUUCAGUGCCAUGAGGUGCGACUCAAAACUUUCAAACCUAUCCCCAUGCAGCUGGAUGGUGAGCCCUGCCGCCUCAGCCCAUCGUCAAUCCAUAUCUCCCUCCGUAACCAGGCCAACAUGGUGAUGAAACCAAAGAGACGGGGAUCCAUGCCUAUUGCUAACGAUCCUGAUUUGGCUUUUUUCAGUCCUCCAUCUUUGCCUGAGAGGCUUCGUAUUCAAGUGUCCCGAAUCAGCAUGGCUGACUAUGAGAAUUUAAACUAUGAUAAAGACAAACUACGUGGAGCUUCGGUUCCCCUUGGACUUAUUGUCGUAGACAACAACGCAGACCUCUCUCAAGUGCGAAUCAUCAUUGACAAGCUGGACCAGGAUGAUCUGACGGAGAGCUCCCAGAAACUCACACACAGAUGGUGUUUCCUGGAUUCCACGACAGCUGAGAGAUUUUUCCGGAUAGACAGAACCCAAGAACACCUUCAUUACAUUACGGAUAUAUCUUCGGAGGACCUGUACAUAUUGGAUCCUGACCUUCAGAGUAUGCACCUGACUCCCUCCAAGGACAACGGAUGUGAAGGCGUUCACUGUCAUCAGGAUAACUUCCAGCCAGAACUCGUAUUUAAAUUCCACAUGCCUGUCACGCCUCCCAAGUCGCCAGGACUGACAGAAGUAAGCCAGGCCACAGACACGUCCUCUAAGAAGCCUGAUGGAAGGAAGGCUGAAACACUGUUUCGACUGGAGAGCAAAGAGAACUUGCUCAUUCCGGAUCAGCCGGGCUCCAAUAACAGCUCAGAGCCUGGUUCACCUGUAUCCAAAAGUCCUCAGGCCAAAGAUAAUUACAACCAAUUUCACCAGGUGUCAAAUGCUACAGCUGCACCUCGCACCAGGAAACUCUCACCUGUAGACAAAGGUCUGAUAGAUGCUGCCAAGAGAGGCGACCUUUCUAAGUUGGUGGAUCUCUUCUGUAACCAUGACGCUAACCUCCUGGCCACUGACCAAUAUGGUAUGACAGCCUUACAUCAUGCAGCACGGUUUGGGCACAAAGGGAUCGUCAAAUACCUCAUAGACAAUGCACCCCCUGUGAUACUAGACAUGGUGGACCAUGAGAAAGGACAGACAGCAUUACACAAGGCAGCUUGGUACCAGCGCAGGACAAUCUGUUAUAUGUUGGUGGAGACUGGAGCUUCACUCACUCGUACAGAUUAUCAGGGAAAUACACCACGAAUGCAGGCUUUAAGGGCAGAUGACAAAGACCUAUCAGUGUACUUAGAAAGCCAGGAGCACUUUCAGCUGGUUGUGUCUGAGGACCAGGAAACAGCUGUAUGAUUCAGAGUGACUGAUCUUUGUGUUGAUCGCUCAAACUCCAGACACAACUCUAUGUGAUAAUGAACAAAUCCUUUAGUUUUGUUUUUCGAUAUGAAGAAAGUAUAUAUUUGAUGUCCUGCACUAGUUUUCUAUCUGUGGUGAAGAAUUAUAAUGUUGGCUUGGCAAGACAAGUGUCAUAUUAUUGGACUUUUUGGCUUAAAAAUAGAACUUGUAUUGUGAUAUCUGGGUAAGGCAAGGGUUGGAAUAUCAUGUUAGACAAGGGUCAAACUGUGAAAGCAGACAAAUGACAUUGUCUUGUAAAAUCAGACAAAUGUCACAUUGUCAUAUAAUGUCAGACAAUUGUCAAAUUAUCUUCUCUGACAAGUGUCACAUUGCCUUGAAAUGUCAGACAUGUAUGACAUUGUGGUGUCAGUGAUAUGUCAUGCAAGUGUCACAGUAUAAUGUUACAAGUGUCACGGUAUAAUGUUACAAGUGUCACGGUAUAAUGUUACAAGUGUCACAGUCUAAUAUUACAAGUGUCACAGUAUAAUGUUACAAGUGUCACGGUAUAAUGUUACAAGUGUCACGGUAUAAUGUUACAAGUGUCACGGUAUAAUGUUACAAGUGUCACAGUAUAAUGUUACAAGUGUCACGGUAUAAUGUUACAAGUGUCACGGUAUAAUGUUACAAGUGUCACAGUAUAAUGUUACAAGUGUCACAGUCUAAUGUUACAAGUGUCACAGUCUAAUAUUACAAGAGUCACAGUAUAAUGUUACAAGUGUCACAGUCUAAUGUUACAAGUGUCACGGUAUAAUGUUACAAGUGUCACGGUCUAAUGUUACAAGUGUCACAGUCUAAUGUUACAAGUGUCACAGUAUAAUGUUACAAGUGUCACAGUCUAAUAUUACAAGUGUCACAGUAUAAUGUUACAAGUGUCACAGUCUAAUGUUACAAGUGUCACGGUAUAAUGUUACAAGUGUCACGGUAUAAUGUUACAAGUGUCACGGUAUAAUGUUACAAGUGUCAUGGUAUAAUGUUACAAGUGUCACGGUAUAAUGUUACAAGUGUCACGGUAUAAUAUAACAAGUGUCACGGUAUAAUGUUACAAGUGUCACGGUAUAAUAUUACAAGUGUCACAGUAUAAUGUUACAAGUGUCACGGUAUAAUGUUACAAGUGUCACGGUAUAAUAUAACAAGUGUCAUGGUAUAAUGUUACAAGUGUCACGGUAUAAUGUUACAAGUGUCACGGUAUAAUGUUACAAGUGUCACGGUAUAAUGUUACAAGUGUCACGGUAUAAUAUAACAAGUGUCAUGGUAUAAUGUUACAAGUGUCACGGUAUAAUGUUACAAGUGUCACGGUAUAAUGUUACAAGUGUCACGGUAUAAUGUUACAAGUGUCACAGUAUAAUAUUACAAGUGUCACGGUAUAAUGUUACAAGUGUCACAGUCUAAUAUUACAAGUGUCACGGUAUAAUGUUACAAGUGUCACAGUCUAAUAUUACAAGUGUCACAGUCUAAUAUUACAAGUGUCACAGUCUAAUAUUACAAGUGUCACGGUAUAAUGUUACAAGUGUCACGGUAUAAUAUUACAAGUGUCACGGUAUAAUGUUACAAGUGUCACGGUAUAAUGUUACAAGUGUCACGGUAUAAUGUUACAAGUGUCACAGUUUAAUGUUACAUAAGUGUCACAGUGUGAUUUAAACUGUCACAAUGUCUUUUGUGACGUCUCUGUCAUUAGAAUCAUAGUAAUUUAAAAUUGAGACAUCUUUCAUAGAAUUGUGAUGCCUGCAUGAGAUCCUUCUUUGCAAUGUUUCCAGCAAAUGUCACACUGUUGUGAUGUCCCAGCUUAACGUCUAAACAAGACCUAUGUAGUAGUAUUGUGAUAUCUCGACAAAUGUGUGACCUUGAUUUGCACUUCCUAUGCACUCUGUCAAAUGCCAAAUUGAGUGGCCAGGAUCCUCAAUGUUACGCAAUAGUUGGACGCUUAUCUUACCUUGGAAUGAUGUGGAUCAUCGGCAAUUUAACAUUAAAAUACAACUGAAUUCCACAAA